UGCCGCGAACGGUCGCUGUCAAAAAUCGACGAAGAAAAAACUCAUCAUCCGCAGCGCAGAGUUUCGGUCGGGUCGGAGAUUCCUUCAUCAUUGUGUUCUGGGCUGUUUGUUCUUUUGGUUCCGUAAAAGUUGCGGUUGGUCGAUAUCCAACACGGUUCGCGGAUCGGGUCACGGGACAAUUCGUCGUAAUUUUCCAGGUGAAAAAUUUGAAAGCUUGUUGGGAAGUUGAGUAAACUUGAGAGUUUCAAGAAAAAAUAUAUUCUUGCUACAAAGGUGCAUGUAAUGGCGAAAAGUUUGCAAUUUAUUGGGGAUCUGCGAUUGAAAAGAAUGAUGCCACUGACUGCAGCAGCAGAAGUAUCAACGCAUUAACGAAUACGACGAAGUCGGAAUACAGUGAGAUUGCCGUCACAGUUGAAAACAGCGACCUAAGAAGAAAAGAAGAUUAAUAACGAAGAGAAAACCAAUUUCGCUAGCGGAAAAGUGAUAGUGAAUUCCCACAGCCUACUGUGAUGUGAUGUGACACACGGAAGAAAUGAGCGGCAACCACAGCAAUGUGCACUUCGAGCAGCAGGCUGCUGCCAUGGGAAUAGGGCGGCAAGAAUUAGCGUGCUGUGAUAACGAAGAUAUGUGAUAAUUCCGAUCGGAAGAAGCAAAUAGGAAGUAGUGUGUAAAUGCGCUUAUCGUCAGUACCCGCCGCCUUGUCAGUUGCAGUGUGUAUGUGGAAUUGAUAGUGAACCGCUAAGGGGAACGAUCUUGGGGCGUCAUCUUGCUGUGUUUUGUGGUGGUUCACGUGUCUUAGAACGGGAGCUGUAGGAGAUUUACGGUGAUUCGAACACACAUAGUUACGGAUAGAAACAGAGCGGAAGCUGCAAGAUGACGGUGGAUUUUAACGAUUACUUUUGGUGUCAAAUGCGUGUAAUCUGAAAUGAAAAUAGUGAGUAAUUGAAUUGAAAAAGAAAAACGAAGAUGACAAAAGCGAUCAGAAUAAAUGUUUAUAACAUUCCUGCUGAAAUAACCAGAACGGAAAUGGCAAACUUGUUUGCACUUCACGGAGACGUUCUGGAUGUUGAAAUAAACAGAUACAGUGCAAAUGUCUACAUGUCAACUCGUAAAGAAGCACUGUCAGCCUCACGUCACCUGAAUGCCCGUAUCAUACGUAACUCCAGUUUGGCAUUGAAUCAGUGUAACACCUCAGAAAUGCCAUCGUCAGAUUUCCGUAUGUGCGUUCUAAAGAGGAGCAAAGCUGAAGAUGAUGCUGUAGGACGCUAUGCAUUAUGGGUGUCGAACAUCGGACAGGCCGUGCCGUUCGAGGAGAUUCUCGAUCUUUUCCGGCUCUACGGUACAAUCAUAGAUGGUCGUAUGAAUGGGAAAACCACAGGCUUCUUGAUUCUCGAGACAAGUCACUGUGGGGCCGAUGUCAGAGCAAAGUUGAACAGACGAGUUGUUAGAGGAUACUACAUCAAUGUGGCUCUCUGGCCUGGGAUGAUUUGGCAAUCGGAAGCGAGCGUACGGAAUGAGGGCGAGAAAAACAACGGCUACGAAGUGCUAUACCAGAACAUGAAAUAUGGCCUCUCGGCGACCAAGGAACUGGCGGAGUACUUUCGCGAGCGCUCCAACCUGGAGGAGUACAACUCCAAGCUGCUCACGAAGCUGGCCAACAAGGCUGGAUCCGGUGGGGGUGGUACGUUUUCGCCCCUGUGGAUCAUCCUCAAAUCGACGACGGAACGGUUGUCCGAGCUGCACGCUACCAAAGUGCAGAAGUUGACCGAACUGGUCAAGAACAUCAACAAGUACGCCGAGGAACUGCACAAAAAGCACAAGAGCGUUAAGGAGGAAGAAUCGAGCACACAGGAUGCAGUGCAGGCCAUGAAAGAAUCUACAACGGCGGUGGCAAAAUCUAAGGAUGUCUACAAUACGCGCCUACAGGAGCUGGAGAAAGCCCGCAAGGACAACUCGGCUAAGGAGAUUGAAAAAUCCGAAGCCAAGCUUCGCAAGCAGCAGGAUGACUACAAGGCUCUGGCGGAGAAGCACAACAUUAUCAAACAGGAGUUUGAGAAGAAGAUGACAAUAACUUGCAAGCGCUUUCAAGAAAUUGAGGAAGCCCACCUCAAACAAAUGAAGGAAUUCCUCACGUCCUACAUGGAAAUCGUGCAAAACAACUUUGACCUAGUUGGGCAGGUUCAUUCGGAUCUGAAGCGUCAAUUCUUGGAACUGACCGUGGACAAACUGCUGGAGCAGUUUGUUCUCAACAAGUACACCGGUCUGGAAAAGCCAGAGUGUAUAGAGCUUGAUUUGGUGAAGAUGGGCAGUCGUUCGUUAGCGACAACGGGCACAGCAGCAACUUCCAAUAAUCAGCUUCUGAUCAACACCUCGAUCCCAAAUGCAACAUCAGGAGGAUCGGUAACUACGGCAGGGGAAGGCUCGGUGUUGGACUCACCGGCACUGUCCACGACCAGUUCCACCCAACCGGUCCCAAUCAUCAAGAAAGAGAGCAACUUAAGGAGCUGGUUCACAUCCAGUUCCAGUGCGGCCGUCCCAACAAACUCGCCGGUGAAUCUGUCCACUUCACCACCGACCUCGGGCGGCCGGGGUAGUCUGAUUGAUACCCUCGGGGGUAGUACGGACCGGCCAUUGUCACCGGUUGCGGCGGGGGAUUCUUCCGCUUCCAGUUCGGCUCAAAGUACGGCUAAGACAAGUAAAUCCUUUUACGGAGACUUUCUAAACAAAACUAAUCAUCAUCAUCAACAACAACAACCACCACAAAACAAGCAACAGCCGCAAAUGAAACAGGAUCAAGAAUCGCAACAACAACAACAAAAAUCUUCCCGCCGCACUACCUCCCUUUUAAAUCUCUUCAUGUCUAACUCCCAGGGAAGUCGGGAAAGUCGCGACUCGACCACCAGUGGCGGAGCAGAUUCGGUUUCCACCAGUACGGUUGGCGGUGCUGGCGUCGGCAUCGGGUCGGCCAUUUCUGCCCCAACCAGUCCCAACGAUGUGCAUAACAACGGCAGUAACAAUGGCACCAGCAACAACAAUGGUCUGGCUAGCACUUUCAUUGGAAGGAAUGCGUUGCUCCGGGGGUCCAAAUUUUCUGGAUUCCUGAGGAGUCGGCGAGAGAAGGCCAAAUCGAAAAAGACCAAAAAGAAGAAAGACUCUACCGAGAACUGCAGUGCCAAAGACGAUAAACUCUCCGAUGCCGAGGACAAGGACGAUACCGUGAAGGCAACGGAAGCCGCCAGUAGCAACCUGCAGACAACCUCCGCCGUCAGCACGGGGAAUGUGGCUCCGACGGCGACACCCGAAGUCGACGAAGACGGUUACAGCAUACAGCCGCGGGAAACAACCUGGGACAGUGCGACCAUCACCGAGAAGAGUAAUAACUUCUACUCGAGUUCGGACAGUGAUAGCGACGAUGAGCGGGAAGAACGGAAGAUCCACGUCGAAAUCAAACCGCUGAACAAUGGCGCGGCGCCCAUAUCGGCCAGCGUUGACGAGCUACGAGCAACGGUAGAGAAUUUGUCUCUGUCACCGAUAGGGGCGCUCUCGUCGCAGCAGCAUCACCAUCACCACCACUCUUCCUCGGCUUCAACGGCUCACCAUCAACAGGCCGGUCCCGGGCAGCAUCUGAGCGGUGCGCAAUCAGCGGCUCUGUUGAACCACACAACCCAUCUAACUAGUCCGAAUGCGUCUAACGCAUCCACGCCCACAACGGUGCAUCCGUAUGCGCCCCUGCAGAGUCCCACGUUGUCGAUGUCCACCACUUCCAACAACCGUUACGCGGAUUUGGGUGACAUUUUCUCGGAGGUUGGUGAUAUUAGUGCCUCAGCGCCAGCGUCGGCCAAUCUGACCAAACUGACGCAGCGACAAAUACCCACGCCUACAUCAGCCGGUGGAAGCAGUAUAGCGAUACCAAGGCCACCGUCCCGUAGAUCCGAAGCGGCAGUGCGAGGUCGAAUAAGUCCGGCUUCGCAGAUUGCCAGGGCGGAUAGUGUGGGUAGCUUAGAGUUCCGCAGUCCCAGUGUAGGUAUUGGGUCGUCGCGAGGUCCCUCGCCGUUGACAAUUGGCAUGACAGAUACGAUACCAUUGGCCGUGGCCUUCCAUGAAAUCAUUCAUGCUUACUUCAGGGGAGCGGAUGAGACUCGCUGCCAGGUGAAGAUGAGUGGUGAUAUGAUGCUGUCCUUCCCAGCGGGAAUAGUUAACGUUCUUGCAAACAAUCCCAAUCCGGCCAAGCUGGGUUUCCGUAUCAAAAACCUUCAGAAUCUCGAAAACUUUCUGCCCAACAAGCAGUUGAUCACGCAGCUGCAGUCGACGGCUCUCAGCACAACGUUAGAGUUCAACAUGCCAGUAUUAACGUCGAUCCUGAGGCGGCAGUCGGAACAGAACCCUACGGCGCCGUACUUCAAUGUCGACAUUCUCAAGUAUCAGGUAAAGGCUAAACCGGGAGCCGCUUCGUGUCCAUUCCAGUUGGUGUCCUAUUGGAAGUGCGAACAAAGACACACGGACAUCAAAAUUGACUACAAGUACAACAGCCAUGCCAUGGCUUUGGCGUCGCCACUGCUGAACGUAUCACUUACGGUACCAGUCGAUGGCGGAGUAAAAAACGUGCAAUCAAAACCUCAUUCGGCUUGGCAAGGCGAAUCCAAUCGGUUGGUGUGGAAUUUCACCGACAUAUCACAGCACUCGGAUAACGUGGGUGUUGACACGUUACGGGCACGUCUGGAAGUCGGUUCGGGACCAUCGAAUCCAGCCAUCAUAUCAGCGCAGUUCAACUGUGAGGGUACGACACUGUCCGGCAUCGAGUUCGAGUUGGUCGGAACUGGUUACCGCUUGUCGUUGGUGAAACGACGAUUCGUGUCAGGUAAAUACAUCUGUGAAGGGGACGGCAUCCGUUCGGUGAAAACGCCAACUCCACCGAAUGCGGGAAUUCUGUCGCCCAGUCCCUACAGUAACAAGUCCGCUGGUUCGGGCGGAUCCGGAUAGCAGAAGCUUUACUUUUUCGACUAGAAAUGGUACGAUGGCCGGCUGUGGUGCGUUAGAUGUGAUCGAAGGUGCGAAUGUUUGGAGAAUUUGACUCGCACUCUGUAACUGGAUUACACUUCAACUUAUGUAAGAUCUACCUACUUAUGUGUUGCGUGACAAGCGUGACUUACAGGGACGGCGAUUGGAAUAAUCGAAAUUCAUAGUAGAAUGACGUUGUUUACCAUUUUGAUAAUGUUGUUUCCUUAGUUUACGAGUACUCGUCGUAACAGAACGAAAUGUUGCCUUUUUCAAAUAGUUUAUAUAGGACAGAAACGAAGAAUGUACGUGUUUAUAUUAGCGUAGAGUUUAGCUAGUUAACGAAUCAAGCAAAACCGGAAACGCCAUAGCUUGACCUGUGUCCACAUCUGUAAAUACUCAAAUUCUGUUUCUAGGACAGUGGUAAAGUUGCAUGUUUCCUUCAAACUAUAAACUUUCCAAUUCGACUAACCGACAAUUCCAGAAUUGAGAAUAUGUAUUCACUUCGAAGAAAAUCUUUUCAUUUGUCCUUUUAUCGAUAGCAUGUACAGACAGCCGCCUGAUGUUAUAGUUGAAGUUAGGCUAGACAUAAACGGAUCAUAUUUAUAUCCGUCGGUAUAUCAUACAAAAGCUUUACUGUGGACACGGGGAAGUUUUUUCAAAUCACCGUACAACCCCAUAAGUUAUAUCUAUUAUAACACUUUAAUUCUUCAGAUGUUCGUAAAACUUUGUAGAACGUGUAACUAGUUAGAAAGUUCAGUUCAAAUUCCAGCAAUUUUGAUGUAAAGCUUUCUAAACUUAUGCUAGGAGUAACCAGAAAGAAUAACGAAUACAUAUAGAGGAGAGAUCUGGAAAUCAUAGCUGAACUGAUAUUUAGACGAUACAUACGAACAAGUUACAGAGAUGUAAAUGUACUAUUACAAUAACUAAAUAGCAUUAACGACCGUUAGAUAUAUAUGUUAGACAUAUAUAACACAACUAAACAAAUCCAUUGAAAAAUCUCACGUAAUGUUACUAACUUAACCGGGUUCCAUAUUCAAACAACGUUAGGCUUCGAAUUGUUUCUCUGUUGGUAUUAUACCAAUCUUGAAUCAAUUUACAACAAAAAAAAACUACAGAACAAGCUAUUUAUAGUACUGGCAAACAUUCGGAAAAAAUGAAAACGCAAGAAAACUUAUUCCUAGAAUCUAAACGAUAGGUUUUAUCCGAGAUGAUCCUCUGAGGUAGAGAAAGAGGAAUAUAAGCGUAAUAUACUGCAAUUAGAUGUAACUCUGAGAAUAUAAAAAAUAAAACGAAGAUCUUUAUGAAA